CAGAUGUUCAAAACAAUUAUCAGUUGUAGUUAAAAACAUGUGUAUGGUACUGAAAACUUUUAAGUUGUCUAAGAAUCCUCUGGUACAUUUAUUUUUUUUAAUACUCAUUGUUACUACCGUUAGCAACCAAGCUGAUGAUGGACUUGCCGGCCCAACUCCUAUUCUAUCAAAUGAGGAGAAAGGAUCAACAAUUAAUGGUAAAAUGAUGGAAGAAAAAAAAAACAUGAUUAAAGGAUAUUUAGACAUGUUGCAUGCUAAAAAUAUCAAAAAACAGCCUAAUGAAAAUGAAAUAAAUAAUAUUGACCCCAAAGAAAAUAACAUACGUGUUGCAAAUAAUAUGAUUGAAGAUCAGAAAGUAGAUGAUGAAGAAGACCCAUUUGCUAGUAUGACGCUAGACUUAGUUCCUGAAGACUCAAUAACUCCGGGAAACCUUAAACCAGAAGAAAAGGAAUUAGAAAUAGAAAAAGAUCAGAAUAUCGAAGACAGAACAACAAGUUCAAAAAAAAAAAAGAAAAAGAAAAAGAAAAAGAAUAAUAAAAAUGAAUCAGAAAUUAAUCCCGGAAACCUUAAACCAGAAGAAAAGGAAUUAGAAGCAGAAAAUUAUCAGAAUAACAAAGACACAGAUCCUACUCAAUCAAAUUUGGAGAAAGAUGGAAUGAUGGAAGAAAAAAAAAACACGAUUAAAGAAAUUUUUGACAGGAUGAAUGCUAUAAAUAGCACAAAACAGCCUAAUGAAAAUGAAAUAAAUAAUAUUGACCCCAAAGAAAAUAACAUACGUGUUGCAAAUAAUAUGAUUGAAGAUCAGAAAGUAGAUGAUGAAGAAGACCCAUUUGCUAGUAUGACGCUAGACUUAGUUCCUGAAGACUCAAUAACUCCGGGAAACCUUAAACCAGAAGAAAAGGAAUUAGAAACAGAAAAUUAUCAGAAUAUCGAAGACAGAACAACAAGUUCAAAAAAAAAAAAGAAAAAGAAAAAGAAAAAGAAAAAGAAUAAUAAAAUAGAAUCAGAAAAUAAUCCUGAUACUCAAGAUACGCCACAUCCAUUGGGGCCAAUUAAUCCGAAAGACUUGACACUAUCUUCACUCGAGAAUGUUGGAAUCAUAAAAAUUAAAGGAGAAGUAGAUCCGGUCAGCGAAGCUAUAAGAAAAGAAAAGAAAAGAAACAUAUUUAAAGAAUUUGCACCUACAGAAGGAAAUGCACGCAUAUAUUGUACAUUUUUGGGAAAUGUAUUAAAAAUGUACAACAAAGUAAAAAAACGUUUUAUUGGACACUUUUGUCAUGCAAUUGUUUUUGGUGCCCCAAUAAUCUUAAAAAAUCAUCGGGUACACUUGAGCGAAAACAUGAGAGAUCAGCUGCGUGAUAUACAUUCACACAAAGAUUUAAGUCUUCUUAUCGUCAUUAUGGAAUUUCCAAAUUAUAAAUUUUGGGUACAAGCGUUAAAUAACAACAAAGGCAUGAAAAACUUAAUUAUAGAUAUAAUACAUACGGUCGUGCAUUAUAAAAUUGACGGAAUACAAUUUUCAAAUUUACAUCCAAAAAAGGAAACCGAUGAAGUAAAUCCACACAUGAUGAACAAUCUAAUAAAAUUCUUUGAAAAACUAGAACAUGCUGCAAAAGCAAAGAAUCAUGAUUUAAAAAUUGGCAUAACCAUCGAUAUGCACGGUCUGUCGAUCAUAAAAAGUUUUACUUCAUUCAAACAUUUAAAUUUACUGGUCACUUGGUAUUCAUUCAAAACGAUUUCCAUGGUAACAUGUUCAUCAGAUUACAAGGAUACAAGCACUUCUCCAUUGGAAGGAAACAUGGGCUUUAAAAUGACAAUUAAUACAUUAAUCGAGAAAAUUAAUGACAAUAACGAAUUUGAUAUGACGAAACUUGUAGUUGGUAUACAAUUGUUUCCAAAUAAAGAAGAUGAUUCACACCCAUACACAUAUGAAGAGUUAUGUUCAAGCCCAAAGGACACUUGGCACAAAUGGUGUGCUGCGAAACCUGAAGAUAAUCGGGCAAAGGGUAGAUUUUUGCGGGGUACUCAAAUUGGAGGCGUCCAACUGUAUUACAUGCAUUCUGACGAUUACAGGUCCACGUGUGGAUGUUAUUCGUUCCCGUUGAUCCGGGCACUUCUUCGGGGCUUGAUUAAAGUUGAUACGCCAGAAACGUGUAAUUUUGAAACGGCACACAACUAAACACACGCAAUUGUAUCAACUAUCAAGAGCCAUUAUAAUAAUAUUAUGUUUCCCUCGUUAGUCAUAAACUCAUAACUCAUAAAUCAUAUUAAUUAUUAUUGGGCGCUUAUGGAAUACUAACAUUAUAAUAUUAUAUUAUAUUGUCGUUAUUAUUAUAUCAAUAUUUUGUAAAAGUA